AAUAACUAAAGCGAUAAUACACGAUUGUCAACGAGAAAUGUUCUGUUGUAGAGUGAGCUUAGCCGGAUAGCUAGUUGCUAGUUUAGCUGUUAGGCUAAUAAACACAGCAAGUUAAAAAUAAUUAUAUCAAAGAAUGCAUUUGAUGAGAGUUAAGAUCUAGUUAGUAGGAUAAAGAGCUGAAAGGGCCCCAGACAUGGAUGACGCACUUUACUGUGUGACUUAAUAUCAUCUUUGAAUGGUGUUUUGCCCAUAAAGAGACCCAACAUUGAUAAGUUAUCUAGGUUUGUGCAGUUUGAAUACUUUAAGGUCUAUUAAACAUCAAGGAUGGGAUGAGACAUGUUUGGAAUGACUGAAGUAUGGUGUCGUCUUCCUGAAGAUGUCAGUGCAGUACAGUAGGUGUUGUGUUGCUGUGUGCUGUGUUGUUUAGUGUGCAGAGAUGGAUGAAGAAGAGAGCACAGAGCGACAGAUGCAGAUCGCCAUGCUGUGUCAGCGGCUGGCCAAGAUGAAGAAGUUAUACAAUGAUGAUGACACAGAUUACAUCAACCAGGCCAUCAGCUCAAACUCACCCGACACCUGCCGGACGCUUCUGACCAAUCUGGAGAGGAAAGGCAAUCCUCAAACGGAUCCCAGCCUGCUCACUAAACUCAUCGACUGCUACACGCGUGUCUUUUCCAGCAUGCCGUUGGGCAAGUACAGUCAGAUUGAGAGCUACGCCAAGAUGCUGGUCAGAUUUGCAGAGUUAAAAACCAUCCAAGAUGUAAAUGAUGCACAGGCUAGUUUUGACAUAGCGAGAUCGCACUGUAAGGAUUUUGCCUUUGUUCACAUUGCUUAUGCUCAGUUUGAGCUUUUGCAAGGCAACUUUAAGAAAUGCACUUUGAUUCUUCAGAAGGCUUUUGAAAUGAAUGCUAAACCCAGGCGCGUUCUGGAGGCUGCCGUGAGGAAUCUAAACGCAGGCAAACGCCAGCUCCUCUCGCAUGAAGAUAAGGAGAACAUUUCAGUGUCUGCACAUGACGAUGCACACGAGUCUGUGAGAAGCAGCUCCAGAAGAUCAGACGGAACAUGUGACCUGCAGACCAGCAGCACUUUUCACCAGGGGAGGGAUCAGAAGUUCAGUCCACAAGAUGAGAACAUGCCUGUGUGGAGAGCAGGGUCACAACAAAGAAGAAGAAUAGCCAUGGCAGAAAGAGUUCCCAUGGUGCCGCUCUCUAUCCCUGAAAACGAGAGCAGUGACUCUGACGGUGCUCAGAAACCAGAAGCUCCUGUUGCACACGGCGGUGCUUUCUCCAGGCAAACAAGCGGUUCAAAUGUCCGCUCCACAUUCCCAAUGUGCUCCUCAAAGAAAGGCACUCCUGAUGAGGACUCCUACAGUCUAUUAAACCUGAAGCCUCCCGUGAUCAGUCCAGCUCAUCUGAGGGGAAACCCUGAAGAGGGCGACACCAUCACAGCACUUCUACAAAGAGCAGAAAGAAAAGAAACCACUAGAAUGGAAGAAACCACUGACAUCAACCAGCUCAUCAGCACAAACUCUCCUGAAAGUUGUCAGAUCUUCCUGAAAAACCUGCAGAAGAGAGGAGACCCUGGUUCAGACCCGGCGUUUCUCUCCAAACUCCUGGACUGCUACUCUAAAGUGUUCGCCAGGUUUCCUUUGGCAAAGCAUUGCAAAACUGAAAGCUAUGCUCGAAUGCUGGUGAGAUAUGCAGAGCUGAAAGGAAUCGAAGAUCCAGAAGACGCUCCAGAUCAUUUCAGUAUUGCCAGAUUGCACAGUAAAGCUUUUGCUUUUGUGCAUAUCGCACAUGCUCAGUUUGAGCUCUCGCAAGAAAAUGUGGAAGCACUAAGUAACAGAAAGGAAGAAGAAAAUCCAAUAAAAGCUCCUGAGGAGCAGCAAAAGCCUCUUGCCAAGGAGACUUCAUCAGAAUGGAAGAUUCUUACUCUCAUCAACAGACAUGCGUCUCCAGAGGUCUGCUCCUGCAGACCUUGUUUCCUCUUCAUCCUCACUUCAUGCUCUGAGAACACCUGUGCCUCCCAGAGUACACCCCUCUCUCAGCUGUCAGACUCCCAACUACAAAGACCCCAAUGCAAACAGACCCCCGCCUCCGCUUUCUCAAACGAAUCCAUCACAAUCAAGGGCAAACAGUUCUUCAUUUUCAAGAUGAUCGGCCGCGGCGGGUCCAGUAAGGUUUUUCAGGUGUUUGACCAUAAGAAGCACGUGUAUGCUUUGAAGCAUGUGAAUCUAGAGGAGGCCGACGCUCAGGCCGUGGAAAGCUAUAAGAAUGAGAUUGAGCACUUGAAUCAUCUUCAACAGUACAGUGACCAGAUCAUUAAACUCUAUGACUAUGAGAUCACCAGCAGCUGCAUCUACAUGCUGAUGGAGUGCGGUCACCUGGAUCUCAACACCUGGCUGCGCAACCGCAAGUCCGUCAACCCUCUGGACAGGAAGUGCUACUGGAGGAACAUGCUGGAGGCUGUGCACACCAUCCACAGACACGGUAUCAUCCACAGUGAUUUAAAGCCAGCUAAUUUUGUGAUUGUGGAUGCUUCGCUGAAACUGAUCGAUUUUGGGAUCGCUAACCAUAUUCAGCCUGACGUGACCAGCAUCAUGAAGGACUCGCAGUUUCUCGACUUCCCCGAUAUCCCAGAGAAGGACCUGCUCGAUGUGCUGAAGAGGUGUUUAGUUCGCAAUCCUAGAGAGAGGAUUUCCAUAGCAGAGCUCCUCGAUCAUCCGUACCUGCAGCUGCAACCUGCACCUGAGCCAGCAGAAGCGUGUGCCGGUGAUUUAAAGAAGAUCCUCAAUGAACUGGCGGCUCUUCAGUCUCCCAACAGCAUCGCCAGAGCUGCUAGUAACCUGGCCAAGAUGUGCAACAGCGGGAGGAAGUUAGAUGUUUCUGAAUGUGUGAAAACGUCCAGUCAGACGCUGUGGAAAUGACGAGGAUGGAGAUGAUGAAGCCUGCAGGACUCAAAACCACUGUUCCUAAACGCUCAGGAGCCGCUGAGACAAAUGUCUCGCACCUUAAACAAGCUGUCAGUCAAAACUGCUUUCACUAGCUGCCAUCGUGCUUAACACUUCCCUCGAGACGCGUUAAACAAAUUCAUGUUUGUUGUCCGUUUCUUCCUAACUGUUUCUGAUUUUAUUUGACUACAUGAUGUGAGCUAAGAAAGUGUACAUGACAAAUAAACACACCUUGUCAGGUAUAUUCCAAAUGUAGUAUUCUUUUGUUACAUAUAAUAAUGUUUUCUUGGAAGUAACUGUACUCUAGUUUUGCAAAAUGACAUGUUUUCACGGCCAUCUCAUUAUUCAGUGUUUAUUGUCUUGAUACCAUUUCGUCAGAAUGCAUGAUUACUUUUUUGUGUUCGUCAAUGGAUUAAAAUACUUUGUACAUUUUGCAUUUAUAGAAUAUUCUUGAAAGCUCCCCUUGAAUAUUCCACCAAAACAAAUCCCACCAAAAAUGAUCUCCCUUCCUGUGUGAUGGCAUCAAGGAAUUGACUUUGGUUUAAGAUACUACAAAAAGAAAAUUGUGGGGACCAAAACCAUAAUAACUGAAAAAUAUUCUCUCCCA